CAGCCAGACAGGUUUGACAAGUACGUGGGAACCAGGAGAGGGCUGGUCCAAGGUCAGGUGGCCUCCAGGGAGGGGCAUUUGACUAGCUACUAGCAGACAAGCCAGAAUUGGGGUCAGAACAGGAGGGACUUGCUAGGAUACUCCACAGGGACGGGCAUCAACAGGUACAAUCUGGAUGCCUUGUCCUCGGCCGCCCUGGCUCCGCCGCCAUCGAGCCUCCCAGGGCUCGAGCCCGGGUUCCCCAGGUACCUUGUCUGCACCCACGUCCCCUAGCAGAGGUGAAGAAGAGGACGCAGAAGAGGAGGGCGAUGGCACCCCAGCCGACAGCCCCAUCCUGCCCCCCGCAUCUCCCAUGGAGUGCCUUAUCUGUGUGUCACCCUUCGACGGCAUUUUUAAACUGCCAAAACGCCUGGACUGCGGCCACGUCUUCUGUCUUGAGUGCCUGGCACGCCUGUCGCUGGCUACGGCGGGUGGCGGAGAUGCAGUGGCUUGCCCCAUGUGCCGUGCGCCCACACGCUUGGCCCCGCGCCGGGGGCUUCCCGCUCUACCCACGCAGCCAGGUCUGCUGCCUCGCGACGCACGCGCGCAACCACUACGCCAGGGCUCCGUGCGCUUCGAUCGCCGCCGUGGGCUCCUGUACCUGCGGCCACCGCCGCCCUCUCCUGGGCCACGCAAGAGCCGCACCGUGCGUGCCCCGCCGCCCCCACCCCCACUGCGCCUUGGCCGCCCGCUGUCUCGUCGCCUAUCCCUGAGCAGCCCCACGUGGGCCUUCAACGCGGCAGUGGCGCUGGCUGUGCUGGUGGCCGCAGGCCUUGUUGUCUCUGGUGUCUACAUCUUCUUCCUCAUCCCUCAUGUCACCACCUCCGGUCUUGUACGGCCUCAGGUCGUAGCUCUGGGCCCUGAUCCUAGCUUCUGGCAACCACCACGUCCCACGCCAAUGCCAAUAACACCCUGGACCCACAUCUGGAUACCGCGCCCCACAAAGCCUGACCUGGACCCGGAUGAUACUCUGCCAGAGGCUACCAAGGACACGCCAGAGCUUGAGGAAGCUGCCAAGGACCCAGUAGAGUGGCAGGGGGCCCUGGAUACACCUCCCACACCACCUCAGCAAACAGAAGACACUCCGAAGACAGAGAGUGACCUUGGCUGGAACCUGCAGGCUCAGGAUGAUGGGAAAAUGGUGUAACUACAGUAAUAAAUGCCUCAGUGCUCCAGGCCCAGGCUCCCUGCCUGAAGAUAUCUGUGUCAUCCCGGAGGGCAUUAACAGAAAUCUCCAGAUUGGGGACUGGAAAGUUCUCUCAAACUACUGUAAUCAUUCUACAAGAAUCCGCUGAGAAUGUCUCUGAUUCCCCUGGCCAAUGACGGUUACUUGUGAACCACAUCCCUGUGCAGGUCUAGUUGGGGUACCCCUGAUUCUCGUCUCUGUGGAAGUCCAGGUGGCCUCUCCCCUAAUGACAGGGCCGUGUCAGGGCACCUUAGCCUUCACCUUGACAAGAUGCUGUUAGAAGCCUGCUGAGGGAGACACAUUUCUGGUCAGCCUGGGGAUGAAGGAUCUGGCCCACUCGUCCUUUGGACUCACCACAGUGGGGCCGGGGCUCCCAUCUUUGGAAUACAAAACUGUUUACUGUUCUGAUUGUGCACCUCGCUGCCCACAGCCAGUCUAUAAAUUUCAGUACCUGCGCACUUGAUCAGGACUGUGACUUGGAGGGACUGGGUGGCCUGGCUAGGGCUAGGGAUGGCUGUGACUUCUGAAAACUGCUUCCCAUUUGGGAAGUAAAACCCAAACUGGUCUGGGAGUCUCGAUGUCUCCACCAGACUUUGGUUUCUGGGACCUAAUACCUUGUGGAACAGUUGUCAUCAUGACUUGGAGAGCCAAGGCCUCCCUGUGGCUCAGACAGAAACAUUCAGAGCGGGAGGUCCUGGUCCUUCCUAGAUAAUAUGAGAGAUUGCUGGUCCUGUCCUCGCUUGAAUCCUUAUAUCCCCCAUUUUCCCCCUUCUCCGGGGCUCCUCCAGCUCUGCCCAGGCUUCCCUCUGUGCCUCGGCUGAAGUCGAAGCCUUUCCAGUGUCUAUGGAAGGUGGCUCCUGUCUUUCCAAAAGACUCUUGGCUUAGACACAGAGUAGAAGGAAGACAACUAUUCUCUGCAUAGGCUGACUAUAGACCCCUGAAACCCUGUGUCCUGCCUUACCUCACCUGACAUGAGACGAUGUGUGUUAAGGGUGAUCAGCAUUUUCCAGAAUGAAGUGUGACUUCUGUGUAUCUGGAGGCUCUGUGUGGUUUAUUUACAUGUGUGUCCCCGGCACUAGGCAUCGGCUUAUACAGAACGCUUGCCCGGGAAGUGACAACAUCAGGGAUGACCGAGAGGCAGCCUGGGAAUGCCCAUGGGCACUGUAGGCUUGCAGGCUCCCAGCUGACAGGGGCCCUAGCAUGCCUGUGGGAGCAACUCAGCGACUGCUUCCAGAUAGGGAGUCAGAGGAAGAACAUCAGGGAGCCUGAGGGUGUGUCUUCCCAGACCAGUUCUUGGCUCACACCUGGUGCCAACGUCACCUACAGGGACUGGGAUCAAUGCAGUGGGUCACUGGGAACCACUGCUCAGCUUUACAGGCUGGUCCAGUGGGGAUAGAGUGGCUGUUCUGCUUUAGUUUCCUCUGGCUACUGUAAAAUUUACCCCUAACACCAUGUCUUAGAACCACACACAUUACCUCACAGUUCUGCGUCCAGAAGCCUAAGACCUUGUCAUGGGGCCAAAACUGAAGUGCCGAACUGAGUGUGGCGGCACAAAACUAUAAUCCCAGCAUCUGGGGUGUGGCGGCAGGAAGAACAAUAAUUCAAGACCA